GUGACUCUCCGUUGGACCAAUCAGCGUCGCCACGGUGUUGCCACAUUACUAUAUAAACGUCCACUCGCAAGUCUCCAUCCAGUAAACCGUCGUCGAAAUGGCGAGAACGAAGCAGACGGCCCGCAAGUCCACCGGAGGGAAGGCUCCCAGGAAGCAGCUGGCCACCAAGGCGGCUCGGAAGAGCGCCCCGGCCACCGGCGGAGUCAAGAAGCCUCAUCGUUACAGGCCCGGCACGGUCGCUCUCAGGGAGAUCCGCCGCUACCAGAAGUCCACCGAGUUGCUCAUCCGCAAGUUGCCCUUCCAGCGUCUGGUCAGGGAAAUCGCGCAGGACUUCAAGACCGAUUUGCGCUUCCAGAGCUCCGCCGUGAUGGCUCUUCAGGAGUCCAGCGAGGCUUACUUGGUCGGUCUGUUUGAGGACACCAACCUGUGCGCCAUCCAUGCUAAGCGAGUCACCAUCAUGCCCAAAGACAUCCAGCUUGCCCGCCGCAUUCGUGGCGAAAGGGCGUAAGUUACCCAAGUUUAGCCCCAUCCAAACCAACGGCUCUUUUAAGAGCCAACCACAUAAAUCUGAAGAGUGUCUGCCGCCAAAUUUUCCUUUUUUUUGUGGACGUACAAUCUUGUAUCAUUUAAUUCAUGCUGGUGAGUCACUAUACAUGGGAAUCGCAUUUGUCGCACAUUAAUACGCGACUGCGACAUUUCAUUUUUGUCCCGUUUUCUAGCCCUUCUGGUUGUUCGUCACCGUGCAAAAAUAGGCUGAGUUUUUAAAUAUGCUUCGCCAUUAAAGCGAUUUUCGGUGAUGCUGUUUUGGUUUUCGUGCCUCCACGACUUCAAGUUUCAUCAAGACAGGUCGCCAUGUUGUUCAUCUGCAUUGAAAUUCACCAUUAAAUAGUAUUUAGACGCUGUUUUUAUAAAUUUAGAUUCGAAAUUCCGAUCGCGGCAACCGGCAGAUACAUCUUUUCAAAUGGAGAAGAGCGCCAACAUUCCCUUGCCCGAUUGGCUAAUCUAUUUUUCAUCUGGCGCUCGUCACGAGUAUUCUCAUUCGAACAAGCCAAUCCUGUAGAAGCAACGGCGCAUGAAUAUUUGCAUACGCGCGAGUUUCGGGCGUACCUUCCCGGUCCCCAAAGUUCACACAACCUUUGUAAGAAAUGAACAUUGCCUGGGCUGGUCAAAGCGGCCAAGAAAGACGAUAAAAAUGUAAUUAAAAAUCA